UAUAAAUUCGAUGUUUUAAACAAAAUUUAGCAAUCGAAUUGUGUUGAGUGAAUUUUUCAGUUUCAGUCGGUGAUUUCAUGCCCAACAAUAUGCGUACUUCAUUACCAGAUUGUGCUCAAAGUUGAACAAACAGUCGAAACAAGCACGGGGACCAAAGAUCAAAACGUGGAAACUUUUCGCCGCUCGGCUUCAUUCUUUUGCAAAAGGAAAAGUUAAAAGAGUUCACUUUUCAAGAUGACGUUAUUACACUUUCUUUUAGCGUUUUACGCCACGCUUUGGGGAUCCAUCGGGGCGUAUAAUAUUCCGCCGGAGCUAAUUUACUGCUACAGAGGAAACUACACUCUGCCAUCGGUUGGCUUCAACCAGCAACUGCUGCUGGAGUUGAUUCGUAAGAUUGAAACAAAAAAUCCAACGACGCUGGACAUGCGGAUGUUAAGUGUUGAGCUGAUGCAUCGCCUCCGAGUGGAUGGCAUUGAGAAGGCUCCCGGUCUACAGGAGACCGAAUUCCUCACCCCGUACAGUACCCGGGGCAUAAUGGUGCCGAAGUAUGCACUGCUACUCCAACUCGUCUCCAACAUCCCCGGAUCUGUUGAGUUCGACAAAUUUCUAACCCCUCUGGAGAUCUGUUUGCUCCACCGAAUGCUGAGCAGUACUGUUGAGCCCUAUCAGCGGGGUGAGGAACGCGCUAGUUGUCCUGGAACGAUCUCCGAUUCUGGCCGCAACCCACAUUUGUGGAUAACGCAAAAUAAAGCCCAACUCAACGAAACAAGUAGCACAACCUUCAGGAGACCUAUUUCCCGGUGCCCACUGGAAGGUGGCACCUAUCGUAGCUUUUCGUUUGGUUCAGUUUCACCUGGAGUAGCGAUCAUGUCCAUAGCAGCCGGUUUGCAGCCUCAAAACGUACGUAUUACAGACUUCAUUUCAGCGUACCGAAAGAAGAAUCCAUACGAAAAUUUGGAAACGAUGGAGCUGAUGGAUACCGCGAAGCAAUUGGACAAGCUGUUAAAUAACCUGGAAGGUAUUGACAAUGUGUAUGCUGCCGGGCUAGCGGGGGAUCUUGCCGAGGUUUGUCUCUACCAGGGUCCGUAUCUGGGUGUCGAUCUACGGGUGGGUUUGCCGGGCAGGUGGAAUGAUACGUUCUUCCCGAGGGUACGAUUUCUUUCCGACAACCACGACGGUCGCUGGGAGAUGACGGAUAGUGAAAUUCUAUCCGGAAUCGAUGGGUUCUUUCUGUCCCAGCAGGUGCCAAGCUUCCUGAACCGGGUUCGUAGACUGCGGCUGUCCCAAGUACUGGACAUGUACUACAGUGCUCGGGGUAUUCCAAUAGUUUCAAUCAAGAACGUUCGGACCCGGAAAUUGCCUAGCAGUGCAACUGCGGUGGCUCCGGAAGUUCCAAAGGAUAGCGAACUGCGAGAGGAUUCGUUGAACGCGUUGUUCAACGCUGCUGGGAAAACCAGGUUUCGGAAAAUUUUCAACGACGUGGAGCACCAUGAGGAAACGGUGGAAGCAGAGAAGUCUGUCUCCGAUGAAAUCAAUAAGGCUUGCUUUAGGAAAGAAAUUCUACAGACGAUCGACAGGGACCGGUUGAAACGGGAAACGUUCAACUUUGUGCAGGUGCUGCAGUAUACCACGGGAAGUGUUGUGGUGGAGGAUUCAUUAAUGCGAAGGAACUGUGAUGCGGCUGUCGAUCGUUUCUUCAGUUAUGCGACGGACUUAGUGGGAUCGGUUGUUCGCGAUUGUAGUGUGAUUGGGACAGGGGAUAAGAAGCCUAACGUCGAUUUGUUGCUCGUGAUCGAUGGUUCGAGAAGUGUCUACGAGAAUCAGCAGCUAAUAUUUCAUCUUGCCGAGCUGAUAGAUGUCUCAACGUAUGGAUCGUUUAUAUCUGUUAUUAAUGGCAUGACGGGAGAGUUCAUGGUUAACCGCACCAAUAGCCUAACCAACGUUUUCGAACAACUUUUCAGCUUCGAAGGAUCAUAUCCAACUGCUCUGUCGAUGUCCAGAAGUUUCAGCUCGAUAAUUCGUCGUCUUUCCACCCAUUUGGAUGAGGAACGCUCGUGCAGAACUGUUGGCUCCAACUCCCCAGUGAUUCUGGUGGUUUCUCAAAAUCAACGUGUAGCACAGAACGACUACGAAAGCGCCCGCCGAAUGCUGACCGGAUCAUUCGAGCAGUUCCCAGAUUUGUAUUUCGUUUUCCUUACGAACGACGCCAGUACAUUUAGCGCGCUGACAGAUUUCUCCAAUAUCCAGCAUAGUCGCAUACCAGUGGAUGAGCAUUACAAAAUCAUUGAAUCAUCAUCUGCAAGCCCCGAAUCGUUUAGUGCAGAGCUGCUUGCAACACUGAACGCAAUUCCAUUAAGACUAGUGGCUCCGUUCUGCCGCUCUAGCUCAAAUCGUGAUAUGUGGCGCGACGUGAACAUCCGCGAGGAGUAUGAACAGUAUCUCAGUCCUGGAGAGGAACUUCGCUAUCGGAUAAGCAGAAAUUACCUUUGGUGUACCGACAUCGUGAGGGUUCAGUUCCAGAACUCAGCCUACGGUGAGUUCACAGUUUGUGGCACGAUGGACCAUCGGUUUGGGGAACUUUCGUGUAGAACGACCACUCCGGAACAGGAUAACGUAUGGUUCAAUUUCACCGGGUUGUGCUCGGGGGAGCGUGGGAUGAGCUGCAGUUCGCUGUAUUUCGUGGUGCAGAUGGAAUCCUCAUACCUGAAGUGUACGGAAAACGAUUGCCGAUAUCCGGACCAGGUGCGAAUGGUUAUCAAGCACGAAGGGCUACGAUGUCCUACGGAAGGAAAUCGAGCCGAAAGAAUCACGGCGAGUUGGUUAGCUUUGCUGGGUGUGUUACUCUUUAUCAUUAAUGUCAUGUGUAAUUAAAUUAUCUUUUUACUAUA